AGGCGGCGGAGGCGCGCAUGGAGGCGGCGGCGGCCCCGGCCCCGGGCGGCGGCCCCGGUACCCUGCUGCUCUGCCUGGCCCUAGCCUCUGGCUUGGCGUUCUUCAGCUGCGUGGGCGCCGACACCAACGUCACGGCGGGGCACGGCGCGGAGGGGCUGACCUGCGGCACGGCCAGGGGAUGCACAGGGAACGGGACGCAGCUGCGGCGGCAGAGCCACUUCUCCCGGUGCCCGGAGGAGUUCCAGCACUACUGUGUCAAAGGGAGGUGCCGCUUCCUCGUGGCCGAGCAGGCGCCGGCUUGCGUGUGCGAGCGAGGCUACACCGGGGCUCGCUGCGAGAGGGUGGAUCUGUUCUACCUGCGAGGGGACCAGGGCCAGAUCGUCAUCAUCUCCCUGAUCGCCGCCAUCGUCGCCCUCAUCAUCCUCAUCGUCGGCAUCUGCCUCUGCAGUCACCACUGUCGGAGGCAGCGUAGGAAGAGAAAGGCAGAAGAGAUGGAAACGUUAAACAAGGAUUCACCUUCCAGAAGUGAAGAUGUGCGGGAAACGGGCAUCGCGUGAAGGUGCAGGGGAGCUGGGGGCCGACCGAGCCGGUGUGACCGGAGCCCCGCAUUGGGGGCGGGUGCCGAGGCCGACGGGCUCCCCUCUCUCCGCAGGAGCUCCCGGUACCCGCGGGCGGGUCCCGGACGGCAACAGCGGCUGGCUCCACGGGCGAGGGCUGAAACGUGCCGCGGCUUGAAUAAAGGGGUGACGGA